GUCUCAGAAUUCCCACUGACACUUCCCAGCCAACUCUCUCAACAUCCUCCCACCCACUCCCCAAGAACACAUCUCUUGAAGGUCCCCCAGGGACCAUGUCACUUGCACCAACCUCACACUCCCUUCAUUGCAUUGCAGAUCUCCUUUGCAAGGCCCAACCUCUCUCUCUCGCUCUUUCUCUGCAAGUAAAGGAACAGUGAUCUUUGGAACAUGGACUGUAGUGCUGUAGGUCCCCAAGAUUGCAGUGAGAAUCCACAUUGGUCAUCGUUCCAUGCUUUCCUUCUCUAAUCAAUUCCACUUCCUCCUAUAAAAAUCCUUCCUUUUGCGUGAUCUCUCCCUCCAUUGUUCCUGGCCUGCUCGGAGGUGUCCAUUGCUCCAUGCUCAGUGCCGCGUUGGAUUGCAGGGGGAAUCAACACUGGUCAUUAUUGCAUGCGUUAUUCCUGUAAUUAAUUCGUUCUUUUGUUAUAGAAAAAUCCUUCCUUUUGUGUAAUCCCUCCCUCCAUUGUUCUUCGCCUGGUUUGAGGUGCCACUUGGUUCCUCGUUCUUAUCCUGCUUUGGUCGCAGCCUCCAAACUCCACUUGCGGUUGCUUUAGCGUGUUCAUCACAUCCAUUCUUUAUUUGUUGAGAUCGGUUUCUUGCGUUGAUCGAGGGCAUAUGAUGGCGUUGCUUGCUGUGGCCGGAUCGAGAUGAGAGGUGGGGCGGGCGCUGCCGGGGCCGGCCAGAGCGAGGCCAGGCACCGAUCGGGGGGAAGUCCUGUCUGUGCAAACAAAAGGAGCUCUUGCAGAAGCAGUGACUUCAGACAAGCCGACAAGCCAUUCAACAGUUUUUUUCCAGAGAGGAAUUCAUCCUGGAAGCUGCACACAUUGAAACUUGGCUUGAUACUCAUUGUAUUUUGCACCUUUUUGACCUUUCUCCACUCUCCUGCGGCUUAUCAUAAUGAUCAUUCGUUGCAUGCUGGCUCUAGGACCAGGUUUAAGGAUGUUGGAUGGUUAUGGGACAAAUCCAAACCUGAUCCGCGGUAUGUGUCGCAUUCGAAUGUUGAUUGGGCUCAAAUCAUGAUGUGUGUGGCACAGAUGGAUGCCAGUAAAGGAAAUCUGAAAAUUGGCUUACUGAAUUUUAACAUUUCUGAGAUCAACCAGUGGCGCCAACUCGUACCGAACGCAGGGAUUUCUGUCAUCCAACUUGAUUAUGCAGAGAGUAAGAUUACUUGGGAGGUCCUUUAUCCUGAAUGGAUCGAUGAGGAAGAAGAAUCCGAAGUCCCCUCUUGUCCCAACCUACCUGAACCCAAGUUCUCUAAAGGCCUCCAUUUGGACCUCAUUGCAGUCAAGCUUCCUUGCAGUGGCUCAGGGAGCUGGUCAAGAGAUGUUGCUCGAUUGCAUUUGCAGCUUGCAGCUGCGAAAGUCGCUGCAGGGUCUCCGGCAGGCCGCCACCCUGUUCAUGUACUUUUCGUGACCGACCGUUUCCCUAUCCCGAACCUUUUUACGUGCAAGAACCUCGUCAUGAGGAGAGGAAAUAAUUGGUUGUACAAACCAGACUUGCAUCUGUUGAAGGAGAAGCUACAGCUUCCUAUCGGAUCAUGUCAGCUCGCACUCCCCCUCGAGGCAAAAGAGCGGCCGCAAUCUGAUACUCCUCACCGAGAAGCAUAUGCCACCAUACUCCACUCUGCCAAUGUUUAUGUCUGUGGUGCCAUUGCAGCAGCCCAAAGCAUUCGGUUAGCAGGAUCAAAGAGAGACCUAGUGAUCCUCGUUGAUGAAACAGUCAGUGAUCACCACCGAGGCGGUCUCGAAGCUGCAGGAUGGAAGAUCAAAACUAUCACAAGGAUCCGAAAUCCCAAGGCCGAGCGUGACGCUUACAACGAGUGGAACUACAGCAAAUUCAGGCUUUGGCAGCUCACGGAGUAUGACAAGAUCAUAUUCAUCGACGCAGACCUUCUCAUCCUACGAAACAUUGAUUUCUUGUUCACUACGCCUGAGAUCACCGCCACAGGAAACAACGUGACGUUCUUCAACUCGGGCGUGAUGGUUGUCGAGCCUUCCAACUGCACGUUUCAGCUGUUAAUGGAUCAUAUCAACGAGAUAGAAUCCUACAAUGGUGGAGACCAAGGUUACUUGAAUGAAAUCUUUACAUGGUGGCACCGUAUACCGAGGCACAUGAACUUCCUGAAGCACUUCUGGUUCGGCGAUGAGGAGGAGAUCAAAGCGAAGAAGAUUCGUUUGUUUGGCGCUGAUCCUCCGCUUCUCUAUGUUCUUCACUACCUGGGCCUGAAGCCAUGGCUGUGUUUCCGGGACUAUGACUGCAACUGGAAUGUGGACAUAAUGCAGGAGUUCGCGAGUGAUGUCGCGCAUGCAACUUGGUGGAAAGUGCACGAUACGAUGCCGCAACACUUGCAGAGCUUCUGUCUUCUAAGAUCAAAGCAGAAAGCUGGACUGGAGUGGGAUCGGAGGCAGGCGGAGAAGGCAAAUUAUUCUGAUGGCCAUUGGAGACGAAACAUUACCGAUCCUCGUCUAAAGAUAUGUUUCGAAGACUUCUGCUACUGGGAGAGCAUGCUAUGGCACUGGGGCGAUCCCAACUGGUUUGAUAAUGACACCACAUCUAAUCCCACACCAAAAUCAUAAUCAUCCAUUGUUCUUGCUUUGCCAAUCUCGCUGAAUUCUUUUCUCCGAUGGACAUAAAAGUUCUUAGAACUAGGCUGUUUAAGAGCUUCACAGGAUAGAUGAUGCUCUGCAAAUAAUAUAUACGUAUAUAUAGAGAGGUGAACAUCUUCUUUUUGUUUACCUUGAUAUCAUGCUUUGUCAUGUUCUGUGGAGUGUUAAGCUCCGUUUUCUGCUG